AAAAGGGAGAUCCCAAAGCAGCAUUAAAAUCAUUUAAACAAGCUCAGGACUUUAUCGAAGCCAAUUAUCCUAAUUAUGGUAAUAAUAGUAAUCAUUCAUCUGCUACAACAACAACAACAUCACAAAAUGAUAAAGUCAUAUUAAUAGCAUUAACUGCUACGUAUCCUUCUGAAAUUACAAUUUAUAAUAAUAUCGGAUAUAUGUAUCAUAAAAUGGGUGAUUUUGAUAAAGCAUCUGAAAAUUAUCAAAAAGCUCUCGAUUUGUAUUCAGAAAGUGGUAUCGAAAAUGUCCAAGGUCUAUCGGUCAUUCAUAAUAAUAUCGGUGGUUUGUGUUUCGAUAAAGGCGAAUUUAAUGAAGCUCUAACAAAUUACCGAGAAGCGGUAAAACUGUUACCAGAAACUCAUGCAUGGUUACAAGGAUAUAAGAAGAAUUUAAUCAUUUUAGGUCGACAUGAAUGGUUUCAGCAAAAGGGGAAACUAAAAUAUAGUUAUUCGAAAGACGUUGUCUAUUUGAAACAUGCGAUUUAUGUGAAUACAAAUACAGCUGUAGCAUUUCUUCGUUCACCAUUAGGAGAACGUUUAAAAUAUCAAGAUGCAUUUCGUAUUGUUACAGAUAUGAAUAGGUUAAAUGAAAAUCCAAGUGAUAAUGCUGGUGCACGUCUUAUAAAAGCAGUACGGGAAUUAGGUUUCAAUAAUCAUUGUUUAAUAUUCACAGGUGAUUAUGAACACUCAGAACGACAAGUUAAAAAGUUAGUAUCUGUUUAA